AUGCAAGCGAUGCAGGGCCCACCCUGGCUGCUGCGCUUCCGCUCCUCAACGGUGUUUAUCAUCGCGACGGUCUGGAUCUCCUCGUUCACGGAUUAUUUCCUCUACGCUAUGGUUGUCCCCAUCCUGCCAACAGCACUAUCCGAACGUGCGGAUGUUCCAUAUGAAGACCGGGAAUACUGGGUCAGCGUCCUUCUUAUGUGCGAAGCUGGCAUUGCGUUCAUCAGCUGCCCCGUAUUCGGGUACAUUGUUGACGUCGCGCCCACCCGGCGUCUGCCCUAUGUGCUCGGGUUGAUAUUCCUAGGCGCAUCAAUGGGCCUCCUCGCUGCGGCCCGGUCCACAGCUAUGUUUGUCAUUGCGCGCCUCCUCCAGGGCGGCGCAACGGCAAUGGUUGCUGUUGCGGGAUUGGCCCUCCUCACAGACUCUGUUCCUCUUGAUAAUUUGGGACAGACCAUUGGUUAUCAAGGCUCAGCUAUCGCACUUGGGUUCCUGCUUGGUCCGCUUUUGGGUGGAAUUAUUUAUGAUACGGCGGGAUAUCAAGCUGUUUUUGGAAUGGCCUUUGCCCUCGUUGGUGUGGAUUUAGUGAUGCGUGUGUUGAUUGUUGAGAAGAAAGUUGCGGCGAAGUGGAUUGAUUCCUCUUUUGACUCUCCUCCUUCAUCUCCUCUUUUAUCUGACCGAGGAAGUGGUGGCUACCAUACCUUCGCAGAUACUACUCAGCCACCGAGAAGCCUGUCCGAAAUUGAAUCCACGAACGAGCAAGCCCAGGAUGAUGAACAUACGCGGGACUACAAGGCCCCAACUAUUCUCGAAAUAGCAAAACAACCCCGAGUCGUCAUAUCUUCAUUCGGUCUCCUCGUUCAGGGUCUUCUAUUCUCCGCUUUUGAUGCCACAAUCCCCAUCUUCGUGGAAGCUACCUUCAACUGGACAGCCCUAGGCGCAGGCCUCGCCUUCCUCCCAUCAGCCUUAACAGCCCUUCUGGAGCCAUACUUCGGCUACAUAUCAGACACUCAAGGCCCACGCCUCCCAACAUUCACCUCCUUCAUCCUUCUCCCACUCCCUCUCAUCUCCCUAGCAUUCAUAUCCACAAACACCCCGGCCCAAAUCGCCCUCUUCCUCGUUCUCCUCACCUUAAUCGGACUAUUAAUCAAUUUCGCCACGCCGGCCCUCUUCGUCGAAACACAGGAUGUCUUAGCUCAGCUGCAGGGCCGCUCAUCAUCAUCAUCUUCUUCCUCCUCCUCUGUCUCUUCGGCCCACCUCACGCAAGACCAAAACCUAUCUCACACCCCAAAUACCCAAACCAACCGGCCUAAACACGCCCACGUCCAUGGCCAUCACCAAGACCAAACCCAAAAUCAGGGCCAAGGCAUCGCCCAAGCCUUCGGCAUCCAAACAAUGGCCCAAUUCCUAGGCAUGUUCCUAGGCUCACUCUGGGGCGGGUUCGUGGAGUGGCGGUUUGGAUGGCGCACUAUGGGGUUUUCGCUGGGUGUUUUGUGCUUUGUUACUAGUUGGGGCAUGUUGGCGCUGGGUGAGGUUCGAACGUCCUCGCCGGGGUCGGGAUCGGAAUCGGAGUCGAAGUCGUCUUUGUUGGGGAAGUUUGCGGGUUGCUUAGGGUUAAGGUUGGGGAGGGAGAAGCAGAAAAGAGGGGGUGUUGGCAGGGAUAGGGAUUCUGAGGGGAGGGAGGCGGAAGGGUUGUUAUCUUCUUCUCCCUCUUUGCGCGGUGAAGUAAGUAGGUAG